AUGAGCUCCUCCAAUCAGAUCUUUCUGCUGCUUUGGAAGAACUGGACGCUCAGGAAGAGACAAAAGCUCCGUUUUCUCGUGGAACUCGUCUGGCCCCUCUCACUGUUCUUUGUUUUGGUUUGGUUACGGAAAUCAAACCCACUCUACCAACAACAUGAAUGCCAUUUUCCGAAUAAAGCGAUGCCCUCUGCAGGGAUGUUGCCAUGGUUACAGGGAAUUUUCUGUAAUCUGAACAACCCCUGUUUCCGCUACCCUACACACGGAGAAUCUCCUGGUUUGGUUUCAAACUACAAUAACUCCAUACUUGCUCGAGUAUAUGCAGAUGUUCAGGAGCUGCUGUUUGAUAAGCCCGAAAUCUAUAAGCUAAGGAAGAUCUGGGAUGAUGUGUGUUUUCUGUCAGACUUCAUGGAUGUACUCAGAACUAAUCCGAGAAAAGUUGCAGGAAGAGGUAUUCGAAUCAGGGAUAUUCUGAAGGAUGACGAAGUCCUGACCUCCUUUUUACUCAAGGAAAUUGAACUCUCGGACUCUGUCGUUUAUCAGUUGAUCAAUGCCCAAGUGCGGCCUGAACAGUUUGCUUAUGGAGUUCCAGACCUAGCCCUCAAGGACAUAGCAUGCAGCCAAUUUCUGCUGGAUCGUUUCCUCAUUUUCUUGAGUCACCGAGGACUGCGUACUGUCCUGAAUGGAAUUUGUGUGCUUUCCCAACAACGGCUCCAGAGAAUGGAAGAUGCACUUUAUGCAAACGUGGAUUUCUUUAAACUCUUCAAAAUGCUUCCAAGAGUACUAAACCAUUAUUCAGAAGGAAUAGAUCUGCAUUUUUGGGUGAGAAUUAUGAAUGAUGCAUCACCCAUAUUAGAGGAGUUUAUCACAAAGGACAGCGUUCAAGGUUUGCUCCGAGUGAUUUACCCAUUCUUUACUGAAGAUGGACCAGCCACAUUCAGUCAGUUGAUGGAACUAUUAUCAAAUCUGUUCUGUGGGUAUCCUGAAAAUGGAGGCUCUCGUGUUUUCUCUUUUAACUGGUAUGAAGACAACAAUUACAAGGCUUUUCUUGGAAUCAACAACACAAAGAAAGAGUCAAAGUAUGCUUAUGAUUACACAACCACUCCGUUCUGUAAUGCACUAAAUCAAAACAUGGAGUCCAACCCUACAACCAAGAUUGUGUGGAAUGUGAUGAAACCACUACUGAUGGGAAAGAUUCUGUUCGCCCCAGAUUCCCCUGCAACCCAACAGCUGAUAAAAAAUGCUAAUGUCACUUUUGAGGAGCUACACAGACUUAAAAGGAUUGGAAAGAUUUGGGAUGAGGUGAAGCCUCAGCUGUGGAACUUCUUCCAAAACAGUGUACAAAUGAACAUAAUACGUGACUCAAUAAAAAACCCCACCGUAUCGUUUUUCAUAAACAGGCAACUGGAAGACAUAGACUUGACUGCUAAUGACAUUCUAAACUUCCUACACAAUAGACAAUCUAUCGAACAAGCAGAAGACAUUCCAAACUUUAGCUGGCAAAAUAUUUUUAAUAUAACAGAUCAACUCUUAAGCAUAUUCAAUAAUUACAUGGAGUGUUUAAACCUGGAUAAAUUUGAAGGCCUUUCUGACGAAGGGCAGCUCACCCACCGGGCACUUUACUUGUUGGAGGAAAACAAGUUUUGGGCUGGGAUUGUGUUUACGGACUUAUACCCCUGGUCGAACAAGCUUCCAACUCACGUGAAGUAUAAAAUCCGAAUGGACAUUGAUGCAGUGGAACGAACAAAUAAAAUAAAAGACAGGUAUUGGGACCCAGGUCCGCGAGCUGACCCAGUAGAGGAUAUGCGCUACAUCUGGGGCGGUUUUGCUUAUUUACAAGAUAUGAUUGAACACGGAAUUAUCAGGACUCACACCAACAUUGAGGUGCCAUCGGGAAUUUAUGUCCAACAGAUGCCGUAUCCCUGCUUUGUUGAUGACAUCUUCAUGCUAGCGUUAACCCGUUGCUUCCCAAUUUUUAUGGUGCUCUCCUGGAUCUACUCCGUCUCCAUGAUUGUGAAGAGUAUUGUGCUUGAGAAGGAGCUGAGGUUGAAAGAAACCCUGAAAAUCAUGGGAGUCAGUAAUUGGGUGCAUUGGGUCGCAUGGUUCAUCGACAGCUUCGCCAUGAUGGCAGCCAGUACAGUGCUGGCAUCCAUAGUGAUUAUGAGAGGAAACGUGCUUCACUACAGCAAUUCUUUCCUUCUUUUUGUGUUUCUCCUGGUGUUCACUGUGGCCACAAUUAUGCAGUGCUUUUUGAUGAGUGUUUUCUUCUCCAAGGCCAAUCUAGCAGCUGCUUGCAGUGGGAUCAUUUACUUCACCCUCUAUCUGCCUCACCUUCUCUGCUAUGCUUGGCAGGACCGUAUGACCAAAAAUAUGAAAUUGGCAGCGAGUUUGUUAUCUCCAGUGGCAUUUGGCUUUGGCACGGAGUACCUAUCCCGUUAUGAGGAGCAGGGUCGUGGACUUCAGUGGGAUAAUAUCCGUGCCAGCCCUAUAGAAGGAGAUGAGUAUAAUCUGCUGCUAUCCAUCAAGAUGAUGCUGUUUGAUGCCUUUUUGUAUGGAGUUCUUGCCUGGUAUCUUGAUGCUGUGUUUCCAGGCCAACACGGAAUACCAUCUCCAUGGUAUUUUCCACUGCAGUCCUUGUACUGGUUUGGCGCUGAAAAAUCACAACCUGCCACAGACGACAAAAAGGAAGUUAAAGACAGUGCAGAAUAUGAGGAAACGAAGGAGGAGAAAGCAGACAAAUCUAGUGAGGAAACAGAAGACAAACCAAAAGAGAAAGCAGCAGAACAACCUGGAGAACAAGCAAGCAAACCAACAGAAGAAGAUGCGGAGAAAUCAGGAAAGCAGCUGGUAGCUGAUGACAAACCAAAGGACAACAAAAAAAUAUGUAAACUGAAGGAGAAGGAAAUGCAAGAGAAAGAGAGGCUGGAGAAAGAGAAACAGAAAAAAGAGAGGCUAGAGAAAGAGAAACAAGAAAAGGAGAGGCUGGAGAAAGAGAAACAAGAAAAGGAGAGGCUGGAGAAGGAAAAGCAGGAGAAAGAGAAGAAAGAGAAAGAGAAACAAGAAAGAAACCCCUUUUACGAGAAGGAGCCAUCAAAUCUGACUCUGGGAGUCUCUAUUCAGAACCUAGUGAAGGUUUUUACAGAGGGGCAGAAGCCAGCUGUGGAUGGACUGAACAUUAACUUCUUUGAAGGGCAGAUCACUUCCUUUUUGGGUCACAAUGGAGCUGGAAAGACAACAACAAUGUCAAUGCUGAUAGGCUUAUUUCCACCUACAUCAGGGACUGCAGUCAUUAACGGCAAAGAUAUCCGCACAGAUAUUGAUGCAAUUCGACAGGAAAUUGGUGUGUGCCCCCAGCACAAUAUUUUAUUUAACAACCUAACGGUGGCAGAGCAUAUUUUAUUCUACACUCAACUAAAAGGCCAUACAGUGGAAGAGGCAGAGAAGCAGACAGAAGUAAUGUUGGAUGAGAUUGGACUUCCUCACAAGAGAGAUGAGCUGGCUCAAAAUUUAUCCGGUGGGAUGCAGCGCAAACUAUCAGUAGCCUUAGCAUUCAUCGGAGCAGCUAAAGUAAUCGUUUUGGAUGAGCCAACAUCUGGAGUAGAUCCUUAUUCCAGACGAUCCAUCUGGGAUCUCUUACUGAAGUACCGUGCAGGAAGAACCAUCAUUCUCUCCACUCACCAUAUGGAUGAAGCAGAUCUUCUUGGCGACCGGAUCGCAAUCAUUUCUCAGGGAAAGCUGCAGUGUUGUGGCUCCUCUUUGUUCCUGAAGAACUGCUUUGGUUCUGGUUUCUAUCUGACCCUGGUUCGCAGGAUGAAGAAGGCACAACGAAGGAAACAAGGUGCUAUGCCAACAUGCACCUGUGGAACAGGCUGUCGCUGCUCCUGCUCCAACUGUUCUCCUAUUGAUGAAACCCUACCAGAAGAGGAACUAGACGGUGAUGUAGAUACAUUGACAAAUCUCAUCAAACAUCAUGUUCCUGAUGCCAAGUUGAUGGAAAAUGUUGGUCAAGAGCUUUACUACCUGCUGCCCAGUAAAGAUUUCAAACAUAGGGCCUACGCUAGCUUGUUCCGGGAAAUCGAGGAGACUCUGCAAGAUUUAGGCCUCAGCAGCUUUGGGGUGUCUGACACUUCACUGGAGGAAAUAUUUCUAAAGGCAACUGAAGAUCCCAUGCCUGCAACAGCAUCUAAAGAGGCUUCUCAGAAUGGACAGGCAGCAGAGAAAGGCCAAAGUGUUGAAAGAAAAGCAUCAGCCUCUGAGGUGAAACCAAACGGCGACGCGGUGACAGAAGGUACAGAUCCAGCUUCUGCAGGGUCUCCUGCCCCCGCUACCACCAACCCCCAACCAGGUGGAUAUGAUGGCAAAGGCUCCAGGCAGAUCCAAGGUUCAGACCUGGUCAAACAGCAGUUCAAAGCAUUGUUUAUCAAGAGAUUCAACCACGCUAUUCGCAGUCAGAAGGAUUUCUUGGCCCAGUUUCUCCUGCCUGCGAACUUUGUGCUGUUAGCUUUGAUCUUCUCACUCAUAAUCCCACCAUUUGGGGAAUAUCAAAGUUUAACCAUUCACCAGUGGAUGUAUGGCAAACAGUACACUUUCUUCAGCAACGAACGUCCAUGGAAUAAGAAGAUGGAUCAGUUGACAGAGGCGCUGGUGAAUAAGCCUGGAUUUGGGACUCGGUGCAUGAGGGAGAAUCCCAUUGUAGGUUAUCCCUGCAGUAAUCAAUCGUCUGAUUGGAAGAUUCCAAAAAGUGACCCCACGAUUGUCAACGUGCUGCAGUCCCCAUUCUAUUCCAAAAGCAACCCUUCACCAUCCUGCCAGUGCAGUACAGGAAAUCGAUUGAUUAUGCUCCCAGACUGCCCUGCAGCAGCUGGUGGUCUUCCUCCAGCACAGAGAGUCCAACACACAACUGACAUCCUGCAAAAUCUCACCCAAAGAAAUAUAUCAGACUUCCUGGUCAAAACAUACUCGAAACUAAUAAAAAGCAGCAUGAAGAGCAAGUACUGGGUCAAUGAACAAAGGUACGGUGGGAUUUCAGUCGGGGGAAAGCUUCCAGUUUUACACGUCGACCAUAAACAGAUCGAUGUCCUUUUUACCAAUUUGGGUCGUAUGUUCAAUGUCACUGGGGGCAAUAAUACACAGAUGACGUUUAGAAGUCUGAAUGUUUUCCUGAAGCAUUUGGAGACUGAAGAUAACGUCAAGGUGUGGUUCAACAACAAAGGCUGGCAUGCCAUAGUGGCAUUUAUGAAUGUUGCCAACAAUGCAAUUCUGCGAGCAAACCUACCCGAACAUCAUUACGCAGAAGACUACGGCAUAACUGUUAUAAACCAUCCACUCAACCUCACAAAGGAGCAGCUUUCAGAAGUUACUGUUCUUACUACCUCAUUGGAUGCAGUGAUUUCAAUCAGUGUUGUCUUCGCCAUGUCUUUUGUCCCAGCCAGCUUUGUGCUUUACCUCAUUCAGGAGAGAGUUUCAAAUGCUAAGCAUCUUCAAUUUGUCAGUGGAACGAGCCAUACUACUUACUGGGUGUCGAAUUUUCUCUGGGAUAUGUGUAACUAUUCAGUAACCACAGUGAUGGUAGUCUUGAUCUUUAUUGGCUUCAAUAAGAAAGCUUACACUUCUCCUCAAAACCUGCCUGCAUUCAUAGCUUUGUUGCUGUUCUAUGGAUGGGCAGUGACUCCCAUGAUGUACCCAGCAUCUUUUGUCUUCAGUGUUCCUAGCACAGCCUACGUGGCUCUGUCCUGCAUCAAUCUCUUCAUUGGUAUCAAUGGCAGCGCUGCCACUUUCAUUCUUGAGCUGUUUGAAAAUAAUAGGGCGUUGCAAAUGUUUAAUAAAAUAUUGAAAAAUAUUCUAAUCAUAUUUCCACACUUUUGUCUGGGAAGAGGUUUGAUCGAUAUGGCCAUGAAUCAAGCAGUGACUGAUGUAUAUGCUAGGUUUGGUGAAGAUUUUUAUUUUAGUCCAUUCCAUUGGGAGUUUGUUGGCAAGAACCUCACAGCCAUGGCAGUGGAAGGAGUAGUCUACUUCCUUUUAAAUCUCAUUAUCCAACACCGCUUCUUCCUCACCAACCUCACCUACGCUGAAUAUCUUCCUACUUGUUACAGGCCACCAAUCCUCAGCAACUUACCUGCCAUUGAAGAGGAUGAUGAUGUAGCUAAGGAACGCGAAAGAAUUCGGGGUACAGGCAAGCACGACAUUCUGAAAAUAAAGGAACUGACCAAAUAUUAUUCAGGGAGAAACAGACCAGCUGUGGAUAGAAUCAGUGUUGGUGUGCGCCCAGGAGAGUGCUUUGGGCUGUUGGGUGUCAAUGGUGCUGGAAAGACGACUACAUUCAAAAUGCUGACAGGUGAUAUAGAUCCGACCUCAGGUGAAGCUUCAGUAGCAGGCUACAGCAUUUUUACCCAUAUUGACGAUGUCCACCAGAACAUGGGAUACUGCCCUCAGUUUGAUGCUAUCGAUGACUUCCUGACAGGCCGUGAACACCUUUUACUGUACGCAAGGCUGCGCGGUAUUCCAGAGGAUGAGAUUGAACAGGUUGCCAACUGGGGGAUUGAAAAGCUGGAUCUGGCAGAGUAUGCUGAUCAGACAGCUGGCACGUACAGCGGAGGGAACAAGCGUAAACUCUCCACAGCCAUCGCCCUCAUCGGCUGCCCUCCUGUUGUCUUGCUGGAUGAACCAACCACAGGGAUGGAUCCAAAAUCUCGCAGGUUCCUCUGGAAUUGUCUCCUCAGUGUUAUCCGAGAAGGAAGAGCUGUCGUGUUGACCUCACACAGUAUGGAAGAAUGUGAAGCUCUCUGCACAAGACUGGCCAUCAUGGUGAACGGGCAGUUCAAGUGCCUGGGUACCAUACAGCACCUCAAGUACAAGUUUGGUGAUGGCUACGUGGUGACUUUGAAGAUUAAAGGCACUCAGCCUGGAGCUUCACCUGACCUGAAUCCAGCUGAGGAAUUCUUCAAAAGCAACUUCCCUGACAGCUUGCAAAUAGAGAAACAUCACAACAUGAUACAGUAUCAGCUGUCUUCAUCAUCAUUAUCCAAAAUCUUCCAGUUACUCAUCUCCAACAAAGAGCAGUUGAAGAUAGAUGAAUACUCAGUCUCACAAACAACUUUAGACCAGCUUGCUACCACUAUCCACAAGCAUGCACUACAGUGA